AGCGUGGUGGAGUAGGCGCUGAGACAAACAUUACCCCCCCUACCCUACCCUGCCCUGCCCCCCACCCCUACAGCUUUUAACAGACUGUUGGGGCAAGCGCUGUUCGCGAGAAGAAGGCCGGCACGGAACGGGGUCUCCGCCGCGAUGAGGAACCUCCGGCUGGCGCUGAGCUCGCACGUGCGGCCCCACCGCGCGCUGGCGGCGGCGCACUGUGUGAGCGUCAACACGGACACGGCCGUCGUGUUCGUCGGCUCGGCGCGGGGACUUGCCGGGCUCGACCCGCACAGUGGAGAGGUCGUCGUGGACGUGUCGCUGGUGGACGAGGGGUACCUGGCGGGCGACGGGAGCGGCCGCGUCGUGGGGAUUCAGACGCUGCCCGACGCCGACGCGGCUUGCGUCGCCACUUCGCAGGGCGACGUCUUGCUCUACAGCGUCACAAGGGCACAGCUGGAGUGCGUGGGCAGCGUGGACAGCGGCCUCACGGCCAUGAGCUGGAGCCCCGACCAGGACGUGAUGGUGCUGACGACGGGCGCGGACACCAUCAUCGCCAUGACGCGCGACUUCGAUCCGCUCACCGAGGUGCCCAUGCACCAGGAUGAUUUCGGAGAAGGCAAGUUCGUGACGGUCGGCUGGGGGCGGAAGGAGACUCAGUUCCACGGCUCGGAGGGGAAGCAGGCGGCGCACAAGAAGCAGGAGGUGGUGGCGCCGGCGUUCACCUGGGACGAUGGCCGCCCGCGCGUCAGCUGGCGUGGCGACGGGCAGUUCUUCGCCGUGAGCUCCGUGUGCCCACACACGGGAGCCCGGCGCGUGCGAGUGUGGAGCCGCGAGUGCGUGCUGCAGGCGACCAGCGAGAUACUCGCAGGCCUCGAGCCCGCCCUCGCCUGGAAGCCGUCGGGAAGCCUGAUCGCCAGCUCGCAGCGCAAGCCCGGCCGGCACGACGUGGUGUUCCUGGAGCGGAACGGCCUGGCGCACGGAGAGUUCACGCUGCCCUUCGGCCGCGACGACAUGCAGGUGAGGGAGCUGCUGUGGAACGCGGACUCCACCAUCUUGGCCGUGUGGCUCGAAGAGCUUGGCAAGGAGACGGAGACUCCCGCCGGAGACAGACGCAGCUUCGUGCAGCUGUGGAUGGUGGGGAACUACCACUGGUACCUGAAGCAGAGCCUGGAGAUGGGGGGCGGCGAAGGUGGCGGCGAGGGCGGCGAGCCUCUGGCGGCGUUGUGCUGGGACCCCGAGUGCGCCCAGCGGCUGCACUGCGUCAUGGCGGGCGGCGCCUACGUGGUGCGCGAGUGGUGGCCCGGCACCGACGCGGGGCGCUGCGUGGACGAAGGCGCUGGCUCCAGCGUGGCCGUGAUCGACGGGGACCGUGUGCUGCUGACGCCGUUCCGCUGGAUGACGGUGCCGCCCCCCAUGGCCGCGUUCCACCUGCAGCUGCCGCUCGCGGCGGAGCGGGCCUCCUUCUGCCCGGAGAGCGGCCGCGCCGACGACGUCGCCGUGCUGCUGUGCGACCGGCGCCGCGUGCUCGUGUACGCCCACGGCGGCGGCGCCGGCGGCAACGGCAGCGCCGCGCCAGACCCCACCGUGCGCCUCGGGCAGGCCUGCGGCAACGGCUUCAGGACUCGCGUGGGCCUGCCUUCGCUCGUCAGGACGUACAGGAUUCGGGAGAGCGAUCGUGCGGAAGGAGGAGAGACGGGGGGGUCGUCGCCGCCGCCGCCACCGUCGAUGCGAGGAUUCCGCGAGUUCACGUGGCUCGGGCGGGAUCGCUUCCUGGCCGUGAGCCAGGGCUCCUCCCUGUGCCGCUCCGUCGUGAUGCUGCUCAGGGGCUCCCCGCUGGAGCAAGGCGGCGAGGAACCCGCCGAGGAGACGCUCACAGCCGCCGGCUCGGCGCUGGAGCUGCACGGGCGGGUGCUGAGCGUGACGCUCGUCCCUGGCGGCGACUCCGCUCUGCUGCAGCUCUCCAACGGGGAGCUCCUGCGCUGCUGCCACGCCGUUGAGCCGCUGAGCGUGGAGGCGUGGACCGACGCGCGGGGCCGUCCCGUGUCGUUCCCGGUGCCCUGCGUGCACGUGGAGGUGUGCACCAUGGCGGGGCAGGAAGUUGCCCUGGGUCUUACUGAGCGGUCAAGGCUGUUCGCCAACGACAUCGAGGUGGCGUCCAACUGCACGUCGUUCUGCGUCCACCCGGAGCUGCUGCUGUUCACCACGCGCCUCCACACGCUGCGCUGCGUGAGCCGCCUCGCCCCCGUCGCAGCCCUGGCCGGACUGCCCUCAGGAGGCGAUCUCCCGGGAGACGAGACGGUGCGGCGCGUGGAGCGGGGCUCGCGCAUCGUCGCCAUCGUCCCCUCCGACUGCAGACUCGUGCUGCAGAUGCCGCGGGGGAAUCUGGAGACGAUUCAGCCCAGGGCUCUGCUCUUGUCGCAGGUGCGCAAGUGGCUGGACAGCCUGAAGUUCAAGGAAGCUUUCGAGUGCAUGAAAAAGCAGAGGAUAAACCUGAAUCUUCUCUACGAUCACAACCCCAAGGCGUUCAUGGACAACAUUGGGGAAUUUCUGACGCAAGUGCAGUCCGCCGGCAACGUCAACUUGUUCCUCACCGAGCUCAGGGACGAAGACGUCGCGCGGACCAUGUACCCUGUGCCAUACGGCUGGGCGCAACCGCCUGCCGCCGUCGCCACCGGCACAGCAACCGCCACCGUCGCCGCCGAGGCCCGGGCACGCAGCACCGACAAAGUGAACGCCGUGUGCGACGGCCUGCGGGCAGCCAUGGAGGCCCUGGACCCAGACAGGUUUUUCCUGUCCAUUCUGACUGCGCUGGUGAGAAGAAAGGAGCCCGACGUGGAGACGGCUCUGAUGCGAGUCCGCGACGUGGCCGAGCGAGCAGCGGAGGGGGCGGCGGGCGACGGAGGUGCGGAGGAGGCGGAGAGGAGGGCGCAGGAGGCGCUGGGCUACCUGCUGCUGCUCGUGGACGAGGGCGAGCUGUACGAGUGCGCACUCGGCACCUACGACUUCCGCCUCGUGCUCAUGGUCGCUCAGCGCUCGCAGAAGGACCCCAAGGAAUACCUGCCCUUCCUGAACGACCUCAAGAAGAUGGAGACGAACUACCAGCGCUACAGCAUCGACAAUCACCUCAAGCGCUACGGCAAGGCCCUGGUGCAUCUGAGCCGAUGCGGGCGGGACCGCUUCCCCGAGCUGCUGAGCCUGGUGCGGAGCCGCGUGCUCUACAGGGAGGCGCUCCGUCUCUUCCCGUGCGGCGGCGAGGAGUACACGGCUCUGAGCGAGGCGUUUGGUCGCCACCUGCUGGAGGAGCGGCACCUGGGUGCCGAGGCCGGCCUGGUGUUUGCUCGCGCCGCGCUGUGGCAGGCGGCGCUGUCCGCGUUCCGUGACGCCGGCUGCUGGCGCCAGGCGCUGUGCGCCGCCACGAGCCUCGGCUACCCGGCGCUGGAGCUGACGCGGCUCGCGCGCGACAUGGCCGAAAAAUUGGCCGCACAGAGAAAGCACGUGGACGCUGCCUGUCUCCUGGAGCAGUAUGCAGAGGACCACGAAGAAGCGGUGGUGACGCUCACGGAGGGAGGAGCCUGGGAGGAGGCCAUGCGGCUGAUCCACAAACACAACCGACUGGAUCUGCUGGAGACCAACCUGAAGCCGGCGGUGAAGGAAGCGCACGGCCAGCAGAUGGCCAGCGUGAGGGCGCAGGCGGCGCUGUUUGAGCGCCACGUGGCGCGGCUCGCCGUGGUUCGGGCCGACAAGGAGCGGGCGCGACACGACCUCCUGGCCGAUGGAGGAAACGACGAGGGACCGGAGUGCGAUUUGUACUCGGACGCGAGCAGCGUUGCGAGCAGCGUUGCGAGCAGCGGAGUGCUCAGUUCCAAGUACUCGCAGAGCAACUCGCGCAUCUCCGGGCGGUCGUCCAAGAACCGCAGGAAGGCGGCGCGCAAGCGGCACAGCCUGCGGGAGGGCAGCCCCAGCGAGGAGCCGGCCCUGCUGGGCGCCAUCGGCGACAUCGCGCGCGCCGUCGACGCCAGCACAGCCGAGGUGGGGCCCCUGCUGAGGAUGCUGCUGCUCUUCGAUUGGGAGUCCGAGGGUCUGGAGCUCCAGGCCGAGCUGAGUUCCCUUCUGCUGCGGGUCGAGAGGGCCCUUCCUGAAGUGUGGCCUCCGACGGCCGCGUCAGUCGCUCCGGUGUUUGGACCGGACUCAACUGUGAACAGCAUUGCAGCGUCUCUGAGUCAGCCCAGGGAAACGAGCCUUGGUCAGGAAGACGACGAAUCUCUCACCGCUCCGCGGCUCAGCAGGAGCACCGAGUGGAAGCUGCGUUCGCUGGACCCGGCGAGCGUUUGACGCGGAGCGACACGCGGAGCGACACGCGGAGCGACACGCGGAGCGACCCAGCCACCCGUAUCCGCAGUCAAAUCCUCAGUGGAGGUCGCACGAGCGUGUGACGCGUGCUUUUUCUGUUUUGGAUUUUUCUCCCAACGCAAUCCCGAUCGUGCCGUCGCGCCACGAGACACGGAGUAAAAUCGAAAAACUCGCAGAGCAGUGGGCCACACACCAUCCACAGAAGCGGAUAUUACAGAGCUCCAUCUGAGAUCCCCUAGCGUGACUCGCUCCUUAUUUAUGUGGUGCACUUUGCGUCAGUUAAGGGCCCUCUCAGUUCUUUACACACUGGUGAGUGUACUUGCCCACACUAAUCCUCAAAGCUGGAAUGUAUCCAAAUUUUAGUGUAAAUGUGAUCCUACGGGUUGUUUACGCAGUCGUUUGCGGGCGGAUUUCCUGCAUUCGAACUUAGGCUCUGUGCAGCGCGCUGUGCGCCGUCACUCAGCUGCAUCCAUUGUCGUGUGAAUCACAACGCAAGCGUUGGGAGUUCUGCCAAACGGUGAAGCUCAUGCGUGUGUACGUACGUAUAUGUUGAACUUCUCUCGCCACCGUACGUAGCCACCCGUGCUGAUCGGAGGCGGCGGGGGGCGGAAGGACAACAAACUAAAGAACACAAAAAGCAGUUCUAAAGCAAUGAGUUUUCAAUCGAGAUUUAAAAGUGCAUAGCUCCGGCGGCUUCCUAAUAUCAGAAGGAAGAGCGUUCCAGACGGCCGCAGAAGCGCAUCUGAAAGCGCCGUGCGAUGCGGUGACCAUCUUUGUUCGAUGGCCAGCAGCCAACAGCGGUUGUGAAACCCACCACUCGGAGAUUAAAGGCAUUGUCAAAUUUGU